AUGCCACAAUCUUUUCUUUCUUUCUUGGUGAUGUGCUUCAUAAUUUUCUUCGUCUUUCCGGCCAUUGUGGAGUCUCGUUCUCAUGCAAGAGUGUAUGUCGACGCACAAUGUAAAUCAACAAGAUAUCCUGAUAUAUGCGUUCAAACUCUUUUACCUUAUGUAAACAAAAGAGGAUUACCAAGCCCACAACUACAAGCUCAAGUUGCCUUAGCAUCGUGUCUAUCAAAGGCUCGGUUCACAAAGAGCUACAUGAACAUGGUCGCGAAGAAAUUGAAUGAAACCUCGAGUAGUACUCUUGGAGAAAACCAAGCAAUGGAAGAAUGUCUUCGUCAAAUCAACGAUGGGGUGAAACAAAUUACGCAAUCUUUUAAAGAGUUACAACAGAUGGGAAAGGAUGGAGAUGAAAACUUUUUGUGGCACGAGAGUAACGUCCAAACUUGGAUUAGUGCUGCCUUGACGGAUGCCACAACGUGCAUUGAUGGAAUUACGGGGGAUAGAAUUAGUGAUAGCGAAAAGGCUAUGAUUCGGGCUACGAUCUUGAAGGUGAAACAACUUGCUAGCAAUUCUCUUGCAUUGUUUACUCGUUUCACAACCAGAUACCGUGCAUCCCAUGGCAUCAAGAUUCCAUAA